CGGCGGGGAGUUGCGGCCCCGCGGCUGACGCUGUCUUCAUCGACACGGGGUUGCCACCGUCUCCGCGGCGUGCAGGCUCGGCGCGGUCAAAUCAGACGCUCAGAGAGGGCUGAAGACAGAGGGCCCCGCCCCGGGCGGAGGGACGGUGCCCGAAGGCCGCGGGGUGCUGCGCCGGUGCCCCGCCAAGUCAGCCGCGUCUUUUCACCUGAGCUUUGGCUCACAAGCAAAACCUGGGGUGCAGCCUUUCUGGGAAGCAUUCUCCGUCAGGCGGAAGUAAGGAAGAGCUUGAUGGUGGAAGAGGGCAGCAUGAAGGUCGAGUUACUGCCUGCCCUAACCGACAACUACAUGUACCUGAUCAUCGAUGAUGACACCAAGGAGGCCGCCAUUGUGGACCCAGUGCAGCCUCAGAAGGUUGUGGAAACAGUGAAAAAGCACGGCGUGAAGCUGACCACAGUGCUCACCACCCACCACCACUGGGACCAUGCUGGCGGGAACGAGAAGCUGAUCAAGCUAGAGCCUGGAUUAAAGGUGUACGGGGGUGAUGACCGGAUUGGGGCCCUGACUCACAAGGUCGCGCACCUGUCCACACUGCAGGUGGGGUCUCUGAACGUCAAGUGCCUGUCGACACCGUGCCACACUUCUGGACACAUCUGCUACUUUGUGACCAAGCCCAAUAGUUCCGACCCCCCUGCUGUGUUCACAGGUGACACCUUGUUUGUGGCCGGCUGUGGGAAGUUCUAUGAAGGGACGGCAGAUGAGAUGUACAAAGCCCUGCUCGAGGUCCUGGGCCGGCUCCCUCCAGACACAAGAGUGUACUGUGGCCACGAAUACACCAUCAACAACCUCAAGUUCGCUCGCCACAUGGAGCCCAACAAUGCCGCCAUUCAGGAGAAACUGGCCUGGGCCAAGGAAAAGUACAGUAUCGGGGAGCCCACAGUGCCGUCCACCAUAGCGGAGGAGUUCACCUACAACCCAUUCAUGAGAGUGAGGGAGAAGACUGUGCAGCAGCAUGCGGGUGAGACGGACCCUGUGACCACCAUGAGGGCCAUCCGCAAAGAGAAGGACCAUUUCAAGGUGCCCCGGGACUGAGGUGGCUGCGGGGCCUGGGCGCCUAUGGCUGCUGCCCCCGCCUUCAAGCGCAUUUGGGUAUCAGAUGUUUUAGGUGAAUUUUCUGCUAGAAGUGUGGAGAUUCAGUCUUGGUUUAAUCUUAAGUUAAUUUCAGAGCCCUCUGCUUGUGUUAUCAAAUGUCCUAACGCAUAUCUAUAAGAGAAGCAGCUAGGAAGCGUUUAUCCCUGGAA